AUGACAUCACUACAAAGAAGAACAAAACGUAUUUCCGGAAAGUUAUUUUCCAAAACUCAGCUUCCUAGUGAGGCCAUAACUAAGCCUGAGCCGCCUACUAGCUAUCGUAGCAUGGUGAAUAGACUAUUAAGUGAGGAAGACCGUUGUCCGUUAGAGAAGAAUUUGAAUUUUGCGUUGAACCUGCGUUUCGAAAACUUCCGCCAAUGGAGGCGGAGAAGUUACGGGUACAGCUGGUCACAGUCUUCAAGUUCCAGCAACCAGGGGCUCCAAACGAACUCAACGACCGGAAGGUCCGUGGUUCGAAUCCAGCCCCGGGAUCUCGACUUCCCCUAUCUACGCUUGGGCAACCUGGCAGUGUUCCAGCUCGCGUUCAAACUUCGGGAAAGUACCUUCCGCUUCACGAUCACCAUCAUGGAUGGCAUGCCAUCAUUUUCCAACACUGACGCUUCUUUGCCAUACAACCAUAAUUUAUUUGAAAGCCUGACUUUGAAGAAAAUAAUAAGAGGAUGGGGAAGGAAGUUGGCGUUAGCCAACCAUAAUCAGUUCGAAAAGGUCCGUGGUUCGAACCUAACCUCUGCAUCUCGACUUCUCCUGUCUAUACUUCAGCAACUUGGCAGUAUCCCAGCCAUCGUGCUGCUUUCGGGUGGCAUGGCAGCUGGGCACCGGAAGGAUAGUAUUUCUGCCAGAAGGGCUAUACCAGCAACUAGCGACUACGAUGGCGCAUGCAGAUCCCUCAACUACCGGAUAAUUAGGAGCUUGAAGAAUGGCAGAGGACGCUGGUGGAUUUUGAAGGCUCCGAAGAUGCGGGUGUUCGCUGCAGGCAACAGCAGAUUUGGUCAACCGGUCGAAAGACGACAAAUAUCGGCGAAACGAUAUGCGAAAAAGAAGGAACGGCAAUUCACUUCCUCAAUCAUCGCUGAACACUUAAAAGAACGGAUCAGCUGGAAGAACUCAGCGGGCCCGAAUGGAACAUUGACACCGGCCAACCAUCAACAACAGAUCAAGUAUCCAACGCGACACGACAUCUACCCCGGAUGCUUCACACCCCGCGCUCUUCACCCGCUCACACCCCGCUCUUCAUGCGAAAACCAUCGUGGAAUUAGUCUGGUAUCCGUCGCAUUUCAGGUGCUCUCUGGAAUUGUUUUGCGUGCUAUUUUGACUCCGCGGAUCAGGAACUUUGGCGGUGUCUGGCGAUUAAACGUGUCCCUUCCAAAUUUACAUCCUCUAUGGGGGCAAUGUAUGUGGAUUCCUGUGGGCGCACACAAGUAUACGGCAAGCUUUUGCCUGAAUUCACCAACGCCAAGUGAUGUAAGACAAGGCUGUCUUCUCUCGUCUUUUAUCUUCGACUUUAUUAUUGACAAAUUUCCCCGCCUAUUUCCGAAACUUCGGAGGUCGAAAUGCCCCUCGGGGCGUUCGCCCACAGACAUUAGGCAUGUGGACAAUAUUACCCUCCUUGAUUCAUAUCCCUGCAAAAUACAAACCAUUUUAAAUAACCUAAACAACUCUACUGAGCGUCGAGUGGCGAUGUGCACUCUGAAGCACUCCACACUCCGAAGCAAGCAGGAGAACAAGCUGCUCUCGCUCUCACACUGGACUCGCUUGGCACUGUAUCAGAAACAAGAAUCGAAGACACACUGUAAUUGA